UCGUCCUCUCCUCAUUCAACAGCCGUGGUGUCGCACACGUUCGGUGCUGAGAUAUUUAGAAACGGUGGUCAAUCCGUCUGUCAGGUGGUCUGUUGGCACCUGCGAGCUAGCAUGGAGGGAAAACUGAGAAUCCUUUUACUUCCCUCUCACACUCGUGAAGUGGGGAAGCCACGGGGCGCACGUUCCAACUUUCCAUGACAACGCACAGUGACGCGGCCAGCUGGCAGGGCUGACCACCGCUCACAUGACCAGCGCGCACCUGAAGGAGCAAACCCGGCGAUGUCCCCGAACGCACGCACACACACCUACGAGCAGGACGACGAUCGUGACAGAAUCACCCACCAACCAAGGACCAAGCGGCGUGGUAACGGGCAGUAGCAGCAACAGCGGCCAGCAUCACAAGACUCCUGGACAUGGGAGGAGAUUUUGGAAUAUUACUGCCCCAAAGCAGAGCUGGGGGCAGCGAAAGCAGAGAGGCGGCAUUACGAGGAGCUAGCACGGCAGAGCGGCUGGAAGAGGCAGCCCCAAAAAUGUAUUGAGCGGGGGCACAGGGAGAGUGUGGCAAAGUCAGGAGUCAGACCUGAGCCAACUCCCCCUGUUUACCGUAAGGAGUCAAGGAGGGAACCAUAGCCGGUCAGGGUGGUGUUGGAGGUGAGCGAAGCAGAGACAGUGAAGGAGUUAAUGGGGAAAUUGGAGGAGAUAGUUAUGAGGGAGGUGCUGUGUUGGUGUAUGAGGCACGACGGAGCGUGUUGGGGAGUUGAUGUCACCUGGGUCAGCUCUCCAUAUUCGUCCUGAGGUGCGUGCUAGUCGUCUGGUGAAGACUGUGCCAGCCUCACGCACCAGGCCUCCUGUGCACCUCCCUAGCCCUGCACGUCCUGUGCCAGCUCAGCGCUACAGCGCUCCUAGCCGUGCUAACCGUGGAGGGCGUUGUACUGGUCAGGCACCGUGUUAUGCGGUGGAACGCACGGUGUCCCCAGUACGCGUGCUUAGCCCGGUGCGCUACAUCCCAGCUCCCCACAUCUGCCGGGCUAGGGUGAAGAUCCAGCCAGGGCGGAUGGUGCAAGCCCUGCUCUCAAGAUCUCCAGUGCGCCUUCACGGUCCGGUUUAUCCAGUGCCACCUCCACGCACCAGCCCUCCGGUGGCAGCCCCCCGCACCAGGCUUUCUCUCCGUCUUUUGCCUACAGGUGCUCAUGCCUGUCCAGCGCUGCUAGAGCCUUCCUCCUCCCCAGAGCCGCCAGAGUCUCCCGUCUGUCCUGAGCCGCCAGAGUCUCCCGUCUGUCCUGAACCGCCAGAGUCUCCCGUCUGUCCUGAGCCGCCAGAGUCUCCCGUCUGUCCUGAGCCGCCAGAGUCUCCCGUCUGUCCGGGAGCCUCCAGAGCCGCCAGCCAGCCGGGAGCCGCCAGCCAGCCGGGAGCCGCCAGAGCCGCCAGCCAGCCGGGAGCCGCCAGAGCCGUCAGCCAGCCGGGAGCCGCCAGAGCCGUCAACCAGCCGGGAGCCGCCAGAGCCGUCAACCAGCCGGGAGCCGCCAGAGCCAUCAGCCAGCCAGGAGCCGCCAGAGCCGUCAACCAGCCAGGAGCUGCCAGAGCCUGUCACGCCCAGACCAUGGUUUGCUUUGUAUGUUUCUAUGUUUUGUUUGGUCAGGGUGUGAUCUGAGUGGGCAUUCUAUGUUGGAUGUCUAGUUUGUCUGUUUCUGUGUUUGGCCUGAUAUGGUUCUCAAUCAGAGGCAGGUGUUAGUCAUUGUCUCCUAUUGGGAACCAUAUUUAGGUAGCCUGUUUUGUCAUUGUGGGUUGUGGGUGAUUGUCUAUGUUAGUUGCUUGUGUCAGCACAGUUGUUAUUAUAGCUUCACGGUCGUUAUUCGUUUUUUGUUUUGUAUAGUUUGUUCAAGUGUUCUCUGUUCAUUAAAUUCACGAUGAGCACAUACCACGCUGC